UAUCUGGCAGCUUCAUUCUCUUGCCAAGGGGGCUUCAGCUGACUAUGGGGCUCUAAUUGCUUCUUUUGAAGAAGCUGGAAUAGGUUUUGAAAGCAGCACAGCCGAACAGUUGACACGAGAUGGCUUCAGACUGCUUCCUGCUGAUAUAUGUGUGUGAGGAGGACUUGGAACACAAAUAUAUGUAGUUUUGCUGGCCUGUUCAAACCAGGACAGAGCAAGGACCUGCUUUUCCAGUGUUUUGGAGCGUGGGCUGGUAAACUAGGAGAGGGAAGGAACUGGCAGAGUUGCCUUAUGGUGUCUUUCUGAGCUGGGCCUCCCCAUCUCACAUGGGAAGCCUUCGUGGUCAAAAGGCACGAAAGCAAUUUUAAGUUUCACACCAAAAUCUGCAGACUGUCGGGAAGCUACGGAAUGCCAUCGCAGUAAUGUUCUUUUUCUUCUGCAGACGAUUUAUACGACUUACCGACUUAUUUAUUUAUUUUGGCAUUUGUUUUGCUUUUCAUGAUGUGGUCAAUCACAUUAUACCAUGGCAAAGCAAAGCAGGCAGGUGAACAAAAAGAGCCUUUCUAGCAUUGCAGAGACAUGAGAUGGUACAAUUGUGUGUGGUGCAUGUGGCCUUGAGUUGAUGCAUUGUUUUGCUCUGAUUGGCAUGUCAGUUCAAGGGGAAAGAACAGCUUUGUCACUCCAAGGCUUUGCCAAAAGGUGGUUUGUGUCAUGGCUGGGUUUCUGCUGUUGCACCAAACUGGCAAGGGAAGUGGUAUCCUAAAAAGAGAGGUCCGUAACUCUAGGCUUGUUGCUCCACAGUUGUUCUUUUGGAUUAUUUUUAUUUUGGCGUAGGGUUCUGGAUUAGCAAAGAUUGACACAGGUCCUGUGUGGCUUCCCCAAGCAAUCGACUCUCCAGGCAGUGAAAAAACAAAACAAAAACCCUCUGCACUGAAAAAAGGGCCUUAACUGGGGUUAGUGGUUUAUUUGCUGUUUUGUGUUUGAUUCCCAAGAUUGCGCCUGCUGCUUGGAAAUGUUGCUUGUGUAUAGAUCAGCAAAGCUUGCCAAUUUGCCAUGCAUUCGCAAAUGCAAGCGCAGCAGGGGAUUUGAAAAGGACAAGACAUGAAAAUAUUUCAGUUUCUAGACAGCGCCUACCUAACCUAAGUCAUACGUCAUGGUUCAAAGAGGUUUGUCUAGAAAUAAAGCCUGUUUCUGGCAGAGCUACUGCAAUUUUCACAGGCAAAAGGUUCACCAGCUGAAUCUGGAAUGGAAGAGCAGUUUUGCAGACUUGGCUGGGCAGAGUUUGGGACACAAUUGACCUAAUUUACUCUCUCUUAUAUAAGUGGUAAAAGAGAGUCGCAAGAGCUGUCUGGAAAAGUUGGCAGAGGCCAUCCCUGGGGCUCAGAUCAUCCUUCACCAUUGUGGUGCCCUGCAGGUGUUUUUGGACAACAGCUGUCAUCAGCCCCAGCCAGCAUGACACAACUGCCUUGUGUGGUUAGCCUUUCAUGAUAGGCUAAUCAGUAGAGUUACCUGAAUUAAUCUAUGUGGGGCAGUGAUAUAGAUUUAAAGUCUCUAGCUAUGUAUGAGGUGACACUCCCUUACACUGAUAGUUGUUGUAAGUCAGGAAAUGGCACAGUCAUUCAUAAAUGUAUUUUGAGCUGUGAAAAUAAGGCUAAGCAUGAGGGUCUGUGAACAGAAACUAGAUCUGAAGUCAAUGCAGGAGGCAAGACUUUGCUUGUGUACAAAGAUCUAUUCUUUACUCAGGUCAUCGUCUUUUUAUUACUUUGCCUUCAAAAUAGUUUCCGCCCACGUUUUCCUGUACAUUUGCCUUCACGGAGAGAGGACUUCACAAGAUGCUCGAUGUUAAAAUCUUAUGAAACCAUUUUUGCUAUUGCUUUUGCAUGAAAAAAGAAAGUGAACUAGACUUUCACUGGUUCACACUACCUCCUUGCAAUUACUUCAUUACUUUUUAUUUUUGGAAAUUGCAAGGGUGAGUUGCAGUCCCCACCCAUGGGUGUUUUUCUGCUCAUUAUUUGGGGUAGAGGCCUCACCUUUUGCCUGGCAGAAUGCACUGUGCGGUUGACUAACAGAAUCAACGCCACUCAAGCCAACUGCAGGCAUUACAAGUGUCAGCAGACAAUUGAGAAGUUUUUUUUGGGGGGGGAUUGCUAGGACAGAACCAAAAAAAUAAGCAUUUUGGGCAAAGAGCACAAGAGUGUACAAAAUUCAGGUGGUUGAGAUAGGAAGGGAAGUGAGGUGGGGCGGGGUAGACACCUUAGAGCCCAAGAGAAUUGGAAGCAGACCUGCCGCUCCUGUUAUCUGCAGUGUUUCUGUAAGAAGCAGCAUGGAGGAAGCCAUUUUGUCUGCCUCUUUCACUGUCAGAGUUAAGAUCACACCCAACAUGGCUAUGCCUUUAUUUCACUGUACAACACCUCUGAUCAUUUCCAUCUGUCUCCUCCUCCUUAGGUAGUAGAGAAACAAAUUCCCUUGGCUGAAUGCAGUCCCAUUGAUUUAAAGCAGUAUUCUCUUGAAGCACAUUCUUGGAAGUUAUGAAGUGUGUGUGUGUGUUUGUUUGUGUGUGAGAGAGAUUCAGAUAUUCCUUCCUUUUCACUCAAGCAAUUUCUGGUUUAUGCAUCUGCUUCUGCUGCUACUACGGUACAUGCAAUGGGCGCUUAAUGAAGACAAGAGAUGACCAUUAUAAAGUACUGUAUUUAAUGUGUUGUUGUUUGCUGAAGCACACAGGUUUUGCACGUUGAGCCUUGCCUAUCGUUUGUUGUUUUUCAGAUAUAGUAUAGCAGUUAUAUAUUGACCUGAUUAGGUUUCAUUGAGUUGAUGAUUCUCAACUUGCAUUUUGUCAGAUCAGAACAAGAUAUUUAUUAUGUAUGUUUUAAGAGUGCAAUCCAUUGUAUUGUGUGCACACCAUUCAUUUAAAGCAUGUUACUUCUUCCCAAAGAAUCCCGUGAACUGUAGUUUGUUAAGGAUGCUGGGAAUUGUAGCUCUGUGGCAGGGGUAAACAACAACAGUUCCCAAUAUUCUUUCGAAGAAGCCAUGUGCUUUCAAUGUACUUUUAAAUGCAUGGUGUGUACAGAGCAGAAGCAUUGCUUAAAACUGCUGAAAUGAAUAGGACAUAGGUUUUCUUAGCAGUGACCCUGAUAACUUCCCCAUCUUCCUUUCCCCUCCCAACAUUUACAUUUCUUGUGGAUUGAAGAAUUAAGCAAAUGCAGGUCAUGCCGAGCUUUGACCUGUAAAAAUGGGUGACCUUAAAAUGGGGCAGAAAUUUGGUUCUCAGAUGCUGAAAAUAGGAACACAGGAAAGCGGUCUUAAACUGACUCAGACCACUGGCCCAUCUACAGUGGCUCAGUAUUGUCCACAAUUACUGGCACUGGGUCUCUAGGGUUUCAGUCAGGAGACCCCACCUCUCUAGGGUUUAAGGCAGCUACAACACUUACCUCUCAAAACAAAACCGUUUGUGGAGCCUUGUAGGCUUAGAUUAGAAUACCAAUCACCUCCUGAGAGUUAUUUCAAUGGUAGUAAACAAUGGCACUCGGUGGGUUUUUUUUGCAGGGAUGGUGAUCUCCCCCCCCCCCCAAGAGUAUACAGAGGAAAAUGAGGUUUCUGUGGCGUGGGCUGAGUAGCUUUUAAUGGGAAAAAUAAAAGAUGCAGGAAAAAUGAUUUUUUUCUCCCCUUGGGAGUCCUUUGUUUGUUGCAACCUCUUUAUGUAUGUUGUGCUGCAUUAUAAUUUCAGCUAAGACUUCAAAAGUGACACCAGGUAUUGGAAGAGAUAAGGUCAAGAGGGAACUGAGUGGUUUGUGCAGGAUGUGUGCAGAAGGCUGCAUAUGGGAGCUUUCCCCUUUUAUACCUGCCGGGAAAGAAUCCCUGAAAAUUACGUAUUAUUAUGAUGUAAUUAACCAAAAGCCCUUAAGGAAGAAUGUGUCUUUUUUUGGAAAGGAAUGUUCUUGUUCUUUCCUUUCUUUCUGAAAAUGGGAGAUCUUGAAAGGAUGAAAGAGAAAGGAAAAGAAGAAGAAGAAUUUAAUACACCACUUUUCUGAUUCUAAAGGAGCUUGAUACCUAUAGGGCCGCUUGCAGAACACAUUAUGAAAAGAAGCUGUAAUUGCUUUUCUUGAACUGAAACUUUGCCUUGACAGUUGCAACUUCCAGGGAGGUUGCCCUGUUUCUUUGGUUGCAGCAAAAGCAACUUAGGUUGCAUACACACCGUAUAUUUAAAUCACACGGCCCCAAAGAAUCCUGGAAACUUGUUGUUACCCCUCACUAGAGCUACAUUGCUCAGCAAUCUAACAAAUCACUCUUCCCAGGUUUUUUUUUUGUGGGUGGGAUGGGGAGACGAGCUUUAAAUUUUUGGUGUGUGUGUAGCCAAAGAAUAUUGCGGCACUUCAAAGACUAAUAAAAUUGUCACGCAAAUUUGAGGCUCCAUUAGGCCCCAUUCUUACUUGAAGGGUAACCGAUUUUGGAGGUGUUGAGGCCCUAGAACAGAGCUUUCCAAACUGUGUGUCGCAACAUAUUAAUGGGUUGGCAGCAGUGUGUAGGUAUGUCACGUGAACGCUCCCUGCAUUUCUCCCAGGGCUGGAAAGGGGUUAGUUUAACCUUUGGUUCACUAGUAAAAUGGAAUUACUGUGUCGUGAUAUGAUGCAUGUGUAAAAAGUGUGUCAUCAACUUGAAAAGUUUGGAAAGCUCUGCUCUAGAGGCUUCUAAAAUAGGCUGUCUUCAAAAAGUCAGAACAGAACCUAGGGCAGGCAUAGGCAAACUUCGGCCCUCCAGAUGUUUUGGGACUACAACUCCCAUCAUCCCUAGCUAACAGGACCAGUGGUCAGGAAUAAGAUACCUAGGGGAUAUCUUAGUGACUAGUUUCUAAGGCCAACUCGCUUAACACUAACUAUUGUUUAGUCAAUACAUACAAACUAAUUUCAUCCCUCUUGAAGGUGAAGAGUUGUUUUUCUCGCUCUGGGAGGAAUGAAUUCUGUAGUCACAAAGCAGAUUGAAUAGUUAAAACCUAGUCAACCUUUUUUCCUAAAAUGCCAGUAGUCUCCCACCACCCUGCCACCUCCUUGUGUAUAGGGGUGAUCAUUGAAGUGUCUUGGAGACGUUUGUUUUAAGAGCAUGGUUUGUGCCUAUGAAAUGGCUGCUGUUUCAGCAACAAGGAGCGUUGGAAGGGAAAUGGAUCUCCUUUCUGGGCAGACUCACUGUGGUGCAAAGGCCUGUAGAGGGAGCCCAGCCCUGUGUGGCCUAUUUGCUCAUGUAUUCCCCUUCUGCUACAAACAGCCUUUGUCCUGGGCGUCGAACAAUGAACGCAAGGACAUUUGGGCCAUGUUCAGGAAGACACAGCUAAACUCGAGAGCUGAAUGUAAAGACUGGUGAUGAGCUUCACUUCUGGGUGUUGCAACAGAUCAUUGUAGUAAGUCAAGCUUGCAGUGCUCCACUGAAUGAGGGUUGUUGUUGUUGUUUAUAAACCCCUCUCCUGUCAACUGUGGACAUUAAAGCUUUGGCUUUAGGGCAGUAGCCACUGAAUGGCAGGGCUUGGAGCUAGCAGCACGUCUUAAUCUUUCCAGGGCUGCUCUGGAGCAAAUGCUGUGCAUUUUGACUUUUGUGAAUCGAUCAUGCUUUCAACACCCAAUGCAGGGAAUUCAUGCACCUGACAAAGUGGGUUCUAGUUCACCAAAGCUGGUGCCGAAAUUAAAAAGUGUUGGGUCUUUAAGGUGCCAUGAGACUCUUUCAGUAAGGAAGGUAGACAUGUUGAAUUGCUUGGGACUUGCUUGGGACUUGCAUCUUGCUUAGGAUUGGGCUACUAUAACAUAGCCUAAGAUAUGGGCAGGGAAUCAAUAAGAGGUUAAAAAGGGCUUGGGUUGGGGAAAAAGUUUAGUGUAGAAUAAUUUAAUUAGUGAGUCUCAGACAUAAAUGAGGAACUCCUGUAUUUAAAAAAGAUUACCCCACAAUACAGCGGUAUUUCUUUCUUUUUAACAUUUUUUUUAUUCCUAGUAAUGGUGACUGAUGAGGAUGAUUGAUUAUUUAUAAAAAUGAGGAUGAUUGAUUAUUUAUAAAAAUAAUAAAUAUUAUUAUUAUUUACUAGCUCAGUAUUGCCCUUGCUGAGGUCUCAUUUGCACUGUACAUUUAAAGAGGUAACAUACCAGUCACUGGGUUCUCCCAAAGAAUCCUAGGGACUGUAGUUUGUUCAGGAUGCUGAGAGUUAUUAGAUGACCCCCCCCCCAAAAAAAAUCCCCCCACAUACAAUUCCCAAAGUUCUCUGGGAAGAGGGAUUGAUUGCUUAACUAUCAUUCCAGUUCCACAGAUUGAUGCGGUUGAUAUGGUUGGGCAUAUAUGUGGUAAGGCAAUAGCUCAGGUAAACCGGUCACAAGCUAUUAAGGGCUUCUUGAUAAAUAAUAGUUGCACACCUUUCUAUUGCCAAGAGAGCGCCAAAAUUGAUAGAUUCCGCCUGCUCCAUUAACAAUAACAACAAUAACAACAACAAUAAAAAUCAUAGCCCCACACCAUAUCUCAGCUCUGUCCCUCCCAUCUCCUCUUUCUGGUAUUUGGAGAAAAGCUACAUCUUUAGCAUCACUGCAAAUACAUGUUGGCUUUUCUUUUUCCAUUUGUGCUAGUCCUUAGCCUUGGUGGAACUUUUUCUUUGGUAGGGUGUGUGGAUUUUUAUGUAUAUAUGUAGGUAGUGCUUUGACUUGACGUGAAGGAUUGCAAUGAUACGAGCUUUAACAGUGAAAAUGGUGGGAGACCUGCCUGCGAUUCAGAAACUGUAUUUAUUCCGAAUUUCCAUCCAGUUUGUUUGGUUGAAUUGUGCGAGUUGCUGAAGCAUUCUGCAGCUGUUUACAUUUAUAUUGAGUUCUGCUCGUGUGUCCUCAUUACCACCACCCCCUCUUUUUUUUUUUAAAAAAGGUAUGUUUUCGAACCUGUUGGUGAUUGAAACAAAAAAUUCAAACUGAGAACAACUGCAGGCAUACAACUUGAUGCAGCUAAAAUACACUUCAAGUUGGAGUUUGCAAACACCCUUUUUUAUUGCAUUUAUACUCAUGUUGGGAAUCUUAAAUUCCAAGCUCCUCCAUCAUUUUGCCUGUUGCAGCUGGGCCACUGGCAUAAAGAGCUUCUCCAUGAAACCUUUUUACAGUACUGUACUUUGCUUCUAUGCGAGUGAAAUCUGCCUCAAGUUUGGCAUAGUGCUAGAACGUGUGCCGGUUAUCUCGGUUAACCGCAUAUCAUAUCUAGAGAGAAGGGCAGUGUCCUUGUAUCUGUGCUGCCUGGAAUAACAGCAGUUCCCGAGAAGCCUGCAAGUUUCUCUUUGAAAUGGCCGGAGCUUUGAAGGGUGAAAUGGUUCUCCACUGAGCAUGCUCACUCUCUGUAGAGGGAGCUUUAAUCACAUGAGCAGCAACUGAAUGAGGAUCUGGUUGAGUCUUCCUCAAAAUAAGAAGACAUUUGCUGUGUUGACAGAAAGCUCGAAUGAGUAAAGGAGAGGCCAGAAGAGAGAUCUGUAUGAAGACAGAGCUGCUGAAAGAUAUCACCAACAGCAAGGAAGAAGGAUUUAAUGCUAUGGCAGCAGAUGAAAAUGCCAUAGAGAAGCAAGUUGGGGAGCCAAAGAUGGCCCCUGAAGGCGAAACCAAUGGCUCCUAUGAAAGCAAUGAAGCCAAGAGCCACCCAAAUGCAGCUAAGAACACUCAGGACAGUGUAAAAGUGAGCCAAGGGGACUCCACUGCGAAGCUGAGGGUAGCGGAGAAUGGCAUUUCUGAGAGAGACAGUGACACUGGAAAGCAGAACCACAUAAAAGCAAGCGAUUUCAUGCAUACUUCGGUCACGGGGAGCAAUGGCUACAUUUUACCGAAGCAGAUGGCUCAGGGGCCACCCAAACGGUCUUCUGGCGGGGCUUUUGCCACGAAAACACUUCCCGCAGGAGGAGGCAAGGCGAAGGCAAUGAGCACCUUUUCCCAGGCACAGGCUGCUCUGCCGGCUAAGUCUGGGGAGGGUGGGAAUGAAAUGGAGGCUAAGAAAUCAACAGCGGUGCCUGCUAGCAUCAAGAUCCACAGAGCUCGAAAGACGAUGCCCAAGCCCCCCUCUAGCCUGCACACAAAUAAAGACCCCAAAGAAACACCCAAAGAAGAUGGAAGAAGGGAUAUUUUGGAAUAUGGGAAGCCCCCCUCUUUGCCCCCUGUUCCUGGCCUUCAUUCUUCUCUACCUCAGAACCAGAGCUAUGUGGCAGCAUCGAAAUCACAGACAGCUGCUUCAGUAUCUAGGAAGAAGAAGCGAAGAAUGGGAACGUACAGCCUGGUUCCCAAGAAAAAGAACAAAGUUUUGAAACAGCGGACUAUGAUUGAGAUGUUCAGGCUCCAUUCCACUUCAGGUGCCAAGGUUGAAAAGGGCGAUGCUAGCCCUCAUGUGAAUGGGGAGAGCUUAGAUGCGGAUUCUGAAGAAGAGGACUCAGAUGAAAUGGAAGAAGACAAUGAACGUGGAACUGAGCAGCAGGCUGCCUUCCCUGCAGAGGAGAACAGAAUGGCUAAGGAGGGAGUUGUUGAUGGCAGCCGUGCCAGAAAGAUUGUCCAUGGUGAGUCCGAAGAGGAGCAAGACUCUGUAGAUUCCGGGGAAGAUGAGGAAGACGGUGACGAGUCUGACUUGGCCUCAGCAGGGGUCUGCCCUUGCUUGCCAGAUGCCAAGACAAGGGCGUGGUCCAGACCGGCAUGGUCGAGGCUGGAGCAAGCAGGACAGAAGCAGGGGCGUAGUCCAAACAGGGACUAUCCAGGGCCAUCUUUCACAGGAGGCAAGAGUUCGGAAUCCAGCCUCAAGAAGAAGGUGAUGAAGAAGAAAGGCAAGAUGGACAGUCCCUGGCUGAAACCCACCCGGAAGAGGAGGCGGAGGAGUAAAAAGAAACAAGCUGGUGCAUUGGGUUCGGAAACCUACAAGUCUUCCUUAGAGAGUGGAGAAGGAACUGGGGUGGAGAAUAACAUGGAGUACAUGGAAGUCUCUCUGGAUUCCUUGGAUCUCCGAGUGAAGGGAAUUCUAUCUUCGCAAUCAGAAGGUCUUUCCAAUGGCCCUGAAGCAAUGGAAACAGAAGGCCUCCAGGAAGCGCCUCUCUGUGGCUGUCGAAUGGAAACUCCCAAAAGCCGGGAUAUCACCACACUAGCCAAUAAGCAGUGCAUGGCAACCGAGAGUGUGGACAAGGAGCUAAGCCGGUGCACAAACCACGUGCUGAAAUAUGACCUGAUGCGCCCUUCUAACAAAGUCCAGUUCUUGGUACUUUGUGAGGACCACAGAGGGAGGAUGGUGAAGCAUCAGUGCUGCCCAGGUUGUGGCUUCUUUUGCACUGCGGGCACUUUCAUGGAAUGCCAGCCAGAAAGCAGCGUCUCCCACCGGUUCCACAGGGAUUGUGCCUCCCAGGUCAAAGGCACGAGCUACUGCCCACACUGUGGGGAAGAGGCCUCGAAUGCCAAAGAAGUGACUAUAGCAAAGGCGGACACAACCUCCACACUUUUGCUGGGCUAUGAGCUGAAGAAACUUGGGACUUCUGAGGGGAGGGCAGACACGACAACUGGAAGUGGGACUGCAGCACAGCUGUCUGAAGAAGUCCGGUCUGAGACUUCGUCUGCUGAGGGGUCUGACUUGGCCAGGACAUCUGCCUUUCCCAAACCUGCCCCAGCCUAUCUCUCCCAGGGACCAGGGAAAGAAACCUUGGAAAGCGCUUUGAUCGCCCUAGAUUCCGAAAAACCCAAGAAAUUACGGUUUCACUCAAAGCAGCUGUACUUCUCUGCACGGCAAGGGGAGCUGCAAAAGGUUCUUCUCAUGCUGAUGGAUGGGAUCGAUCCGAACUUCAAGAUGGAACACCAGAACAAGAGAACUCCUCUCCAUGCAGCAGCAGAAUCAGGACACAUUGAUGUCUGCCACAUGCUGAUCCAGGCCGGCGCUAAUAUAGACACCUGCUCUCAGGACCAGAGGACCCCCCUUAUGGAAGCAGCGGAGAAUAACCAUCUGGAGACUGUGAAAUACCUCAUCAAGGCUGGAGCAUUAGUGGAUCCCAAGGAUGUGGAAGGUUCCACCUGUUUGCACCUGGCAGCCAAGAAGGGCCAUUACGAUGUGGUGCAGUACCUCCUGUGCAACGAGCAGGUGGAUGUCAACUGCCAGGAUGAUGGAGGCUGGACACCAAUGAUAUGGGCUACUGAGUACAAACACGUUGAGCUGGUGAAGCUGCUGCUGGCCAAAGGGUCAGACAUCAACAUCCGGGACAAUGAGGAAAACAUUUGUUUACACUGGGCUGCUUUUUCGGGGUGCGUCGACAUUGCUGAGAUUUUGCUGGCUGCUAAGUGUGACCUGCACGCAGUGAAUAUCCACGGAGAUUCCCCACUGCACAUCGCGGCCCGAGAGAACCGCUACGAGUGUGUAGUCCUAUUUCUUUCGCGUCGUUCGGACGUUACCCUGAAAAACAAAGAGGGCGAAACUCCCCUGCAGUGUUCGAGCCUCAACUCUCAAGUCUGGGUUGCUCUGCAAAUGAACAAGACCAUCAAGGAUUCGAUGCCUGACAAGCCCGUCCAGGUGGAGAAGAUACUGAGCAGAGACAUUGCCCGGGGUUAUGAACGUAUCCCGAUUCCUUGCGUCAAUUCUGUCGACGCCGAGCCCUGUCCUAGUGACUACAAAUACGUUUCGCAGAAUUGUGUGACGUCCCCCAUGCACAUUGAUAGGAACAUCACUCAUUUGCAGUACUGUGUGUGCAUAGACAACUGCUCCUCCAGCAACUGCAUGUGUGGACAGCUGAGUCUGCGCUGCUGGUAUGACAAGGAUGGCCGGCUCCUGCCGGAAUUCAGCAUAGGCGAGCCGCCUUUCAUCUUUGAGUGCAACCAUGCCUGCUCAUGUUGGAGGAAUUGCCGGAAUCGUGUGGUGCAAAAUGGGCUCCGGGCUCGAUUACAGCUUUUUCGGACGCAGAAGAUGAACUGGGGCGUGCGGACAAUGCAGAACAUUCCACUGGGGACCUUUGUUUGCGAGUACGUUGGAGAGCUAAUUUCUGAUUCAGAGGCAAAUGUACGGGAAGAAGACUGCUACCUUUUUGAACUUGACAACAAGAACAAAGACGUGUACUGCAUAGAUGCCCGCUUUUACGGCAACAUCAGCCGCUUCAUCAACCAUUUCUGCGAGCCCAACCUGACCGCCGUACGAGUGUUCAUGUCCCACCAGGACCUGCGCUUCCCCAGAAUUGCAUUCUUCAGUACCAGGAAUAUCCAAGCGGGAGAAGAGAUUGGGUUUGACUAUGGCGAAAGGUUCUGGCAAGUCAAGAGCAAGUACUUCAGUUGCCUGUGCAACUCUCCCAAGUGCAGGUACUCCAGCGCCGUUCUGGCUCAGAGGCAGGCCAGCACUUCCUCAUCCCAGGAGGUGUUGGAGGGCAGGCUGCCUGACACAAGCUCUACAAUAGCAGUGGCAACAACCUCAUUUUGAGGGCUUUCUACACACCUAGAAAGAAGAAACACCACCACAGAUUGUAAGAUAUUUCUUUUUUAUAUAUUUUCAAGAAAGGAGACUUCCCCCUCCCGUAAAAAAACAAAACACAAAAUCCUACCCCAUAGCCCUGCAGCAGUCCAGCAUUGAAGUUUUUUUUUUUUGCUAUUGAGUGUUACUGGAGGAAGGAGCCAGGCACCUUCUGCUCGUCACAGAUGACGCAGGUCCACACCGCUUUCUUCUUCCACCCGCAGCAGACCAGGAAGUAGCUGGCUUGCUAAUGCAGGCCCAGGGGCAGCUGUUCUCAUCCUUCCGUGCUGAGAGACCCUUUAGAGGCCUCUCUUAAUGUGAUCCCUGUUCUCCGAGCCAAGGAAGAGGUCUUCCGCCCACCCCCCUGAUUCCCCCACCUGAAAGGACAAAAUUUGAACGAAUUGCUGAUGUUGUAGUAAAACUCUGGAUACUUGAUGAAAGGUGAUGGUGAUAAUUAGGAUGAUGAAUUCUUGAAGCCAAACCCACCUCCUUGGCACAAGCACCGGGGCCAGCUUACCUUUGCAGGCAAACCUUCCUUUCUCGCUCAUCGUCCGAGGAUUGAAAUGGAACUAAUUUCGAACAAGGUGCCUGUCUGACCUAAGCCAGCGUAUUUGCUGUUCUCCGUCACAACCUCUUAAUUAUUUGUCUAAGCCACACAGAGGUUCUCCCAAGUCCAGCUAGGGGCUUCUCCAUUACAGAGAGUUUCCUUUUUUCCCAGUGUUUCAGCGCAUACACCCCUAUCAUGCUCUGGGAGCCUGGAAGGAAUAUGUCUUACAUAACACUAACUCUGGAAAAGGAAUUGAGUUGUUUUUUUUCCCCAUACGGAGAAACUCUCACUUACAGAGAGACCCUCUUCCAGGCAUUUCCUGAAGCAAAUGCUCAGCCUGGGCACCCCUGAGAACAUGGUGGCAAAGAAGAUCUAACUGUGCCAUCGCUGUUUUUCUGAAUUCAUUCAUUUCUUCCCCAUGACUCUCCAUGUAAAGCUACACAUUGUGAUGCUGAUGGUUGGAUUGAACUGAUUUCUCUUGUACCAUACUUGGGGGAGCUGAACAGAAAAGCAACUCACCCGAGCAACUCAACGGUGCUGAUUUUUGUGUGAUUUCCCCCCCCCUCAC